AUGUCGUCGGGUGCCGGUCGCCCCUGCCCGCCCCUGUCGGUGCACCUGUCGGACCCCGGCUCCCCUCACGUGCGCGCCCCUGAGCACGUGCGCAGGGCGUCUCACGUGCACGCCCCCGGUGGCGCUCACGUGCACGGCUCGGGGGGCGUGUCCUUCACUCUGCAGCUCGGACUCAGACGAGAGGUCGUGACCUUUGACCCGAGCGACCUGAGCCUCAACUCCAUCAGAGACCGAGUCUGGUCCUUGACGGACCAGAGGUUCCCGGACUCUGGACUCGGGGCUCUGAAGGGGGAGCUCUUGUUGUUCCGACACGACCCGACUUCAGAAAACCUGCUCCAGAAGAUCUGCAGCGCCCAGCAAGUCCAGCAGGGGGACACGGUCGAGGUGGUUCUGUCCGCAGAUUCGUGCGGCGUGGAGUUUUUGCCGCGGCCUCACUCUCUCACCGUCCACUCGUACAGAGCUCCUGCCUUCUGUGAUCACUGCGGACUCAUGCUCUGGGGACUCGUGCGCCAGGGCCUCAAGUGUGACGGUUGUGGGUUGAACUUCCAUAAGCGUUGUGUGUUUAAACUCGUGGGCAGCUGCAGUGGAGCUCGGAGCCGGAGGAGAUCCUCAGCCCUGAGUCUGACCUCAGCCAGACCGGACCAACCUGGACCUGGACCCGGACCCGGACCCGACCGGACCAGAUCCACAGGCCUGGACUCAGAGCUCCCCCUGGUGGCCGCGGGCUGCAGACGCUCCUCUCAGCUCCCCCUGGUGGACAGAGGGGUGAAGGUUCCUCACACGUUCUCCGUUCACUCGUUCUCGCGGCCGGUCGUGUGUGGUCUGUGUGAGCGAGCGCUGAGGGGGCUAUUCAGACAAGGACUGCAGUGCCGAGAUUGUAAAUUCGUCUGUCACAAAAAAUGUGCCUCAAACGCCCAAAGAGACUGUCCAGGAGAAACAGAGUCCAGCGGAGAUCCCGACCUCCAGAGUCCAGAGUCGGUCCUGGGUUCUGGUCUGGGUCCGGUCUUGGGUCUGGGUCCAGUCCUGGUGGAGGAGGCCCCUGACGGCGACGGACUCGACUCAAACGGACCAGAGACAGAAGGACAAGAAGACACGGACACCAGUCCGGUGAAUAUCCCUCUGAUGCGUGUGGUCCAGUCGCUGCGUCAGACGAAGCGUCGCGGUUCGGCCGUGGUCAGGGACGGCUGGAUGGUUCACUACAGCAGCCGCGACGACCUGAGGAAAAGACACUUCUGGAGACUCGACACCAAAACUCUGACUCUGUAUCAAAACCAGAACGACUCCAAGUUCUACAAGGAGCUUCCUCUGUCUGAGAUCCUGAGGGUGGACUCCUCCGCGGACCCGGAUCUAAACCAGGACUCGGACUCGGGGACCGGGGCCCGGUUUUCCCUGGUCACCUCGUCCGUGGUUUACUACGUGGUGGAGGACUCGGGAGGAGAGGGACCAAAGUCCGACUCAGAUCCUGGUCCAGACCCGGGAUCCGAGGUCCAGAGCUGGAAGAAAACCCUGAGACAAGCCCUGAGACCCAUGACCGAGACCCAGAGCCCACAGACAGAGGAUCAGACCGAGGGCAGGUGCGACAGGUGCGACAGGUGCGACAGGUGCGACGGGUGCCAGGUGCAGCAGAGACAGGUCCUCAGGUCGGUCCUCAGGUUGGUCCUCAGGUCGGUCCUCAGGUCAGGUCCUCAGGUCCUCAGGUCGGUCCUCAGGUCAGGUCCUCAGGUCGGUCCUCAGGUCGGUCCUCAGGUCGGUCCUCAGGUCCUCAGGUCCUCAGGUCCUCAGGUUGGUCUUCAGGUCCUCAGGUUGGUCCUCAGGUCCUCAGGUCCUCAGGUUGGUCUUCAGGUCCUCAGGUUGGUCUCAGGUCCUCAGUUGGUCCUCAGGUUCAGGUCCUCAGGUCAGGUCCUCAGGUCCUCAGGUCCUCAGGUUGGUCCUCAGGUCGGUCCUCAGGUCCUCAGGUCCUCAGGUGGUCCUCAGGUCUCAGGUUGGUCCUCAGGUUGGUCCUCAGGUCCUCAGGACGUCGGCUCCGUGUAUCAGAUCUUCACAGACGAGGUUCUGGGCUCUGGGCAGUUCGGCGUCGUUUACGGAGGGAAACACAGAGAAACAGGACGAGACGUGGCCAUAAAAAUCAUCGACAAACUGCGUUUCCCAAACAAAGAGGAAAGUGAACUGACCAGUGUUUGUUCUCGUGUUCAGACGGUGCAUCAUCCCGGGGUCGUUUCUCUUCAGUCUGUGUUCGAGACUCCAGAGAAAGUUUUUGUGGUGAUGGAAAAACUUCAGGGCGACAUGUUGGAGAUGAUUCUGUCGAGCGAGAAAGGACGACUCCCUGAACGCACCACCAGGUUCCUCCUCACUCAGGUCCUCGUGGCUCUGAAACAUCUGCACUCGAAAAACAUCGUCCACUGUGACCUGAAGCCCGAGAACGUCCUCCUGACCUCCUGCCUGAACCUCCCUCAGGUGAAGUUGUGUGACUUCGGCUUCGCUCGUAUCAUCGGCGAGCGUUCGUUCCGGCGCUCGGUGGUGGGCACGCCGGCGUACCUGGCGCCCGAGGUGCUGAGGGGGCGGGGCUAUAACCGCUCGCUGGACAUGUGGAGCGUCGGCGUCAUCGUCUACGUGAGUCUGAGCGGAACCUUCCCCUUCAACGAGGACGAGGACGUCAACGAGCAGAUCCACAACGCCGCCUUCAUGUACCCGCCCAAGACCUGGGGGGGCGUGUCCAGAGCUGCGAUCGACCUGAUCUCAAGUCUGCUCCAGGUCAAGAUGAGGAAAAGACUCAGCGUCGACAAAACCCUCAGCCACCCCUGGCUCCAGGAUUAUGAGACCUGGUUGGACCUGAGGGAGUUCGAGCGAAAGUUUGGACAGAGAUACUUGACCCACGAGAGCGACGACCAGAGAUGGGACCAGUACAGAACUAAACCAGGACUAAAGCAGGACUGAACCAGGACUGAACCAGGACUGAACCAGGACUGAACC